UUGACGUUUAUAUAUCUAAAUAGUAGCAAUGUAAUUGCAAACGUGGGACACAUAUAACGUAGCUAAGGUGUGGAAACAGUAGUUUUUGUUUUUGUUGUUGUUGUUGUUUUUUUUUUUUUUUCUUUUUUUUCUUUUCUUUAAAAUAGAAAAUAGUUGCAAGUUCUUCUGACCUGCAUUAUCUGUUGAGUUCCUUUCUCUCUUUCUCUACUUCUGUCUAUCUAUCUUUAUCAUUCUCUAAAUUAAGAAUUCGUACUUCCUGUGCUGGUGCUGUUUCUGCUUUGCUCUGCAUUUUGGGGAAAUACGUACUUCCAAAACGUUUCCCUUAUUUUGGACAUCUUUGGUUUCAUGUAUGAGGCAGAGCCUUGAUCCCUCUCCAUCCAGUCUUGUGCCUACAACUAUUAGUCCACCUUCUGGUUCAAAAUUGCAAAAGGUUCCAGUGAAUAAGAUGGUACGGACUGAUUCACUGGAUCCUGCUGGAAGGUUACAUGCCUACUUGCAAGCUAAGGCUCCUGGUCAACUUGAAAGAAACUGUAGCUUGACCUCUGUGAGAUACGUUCUAUAUGUUCAUCCAUAUAACUUCAAUUACUCAGACAGACACUUCUAUACGCUGUUACAGAUGGGUGUGAAAAUUGCAUAAGCAUUGAAAGUUAGCAAACCAUGUGGAGCAAAAUGAGUCACUGUUUAGUCAGUAUUUCUCUAUGUGGAGUAUAAAUAAGGAUCGUUAUUAUAUUUACUCGUUAUUAUGUUUAUUUCGGGAUUAGACCUACUAAAAUCAAGGUAUCAACAAUGGAAUGCACAAAUCCAGUUUAACACAGAUGAGAGCCGUGACACCCAAGGUCCACUAGCUUCAUGAUCCUCCGCAACUCCUUGAUCCAUGAUCAUUAUGGUUCUGUGACCCUUAAUUGUUUGACUUCUGACAUUAUGAUUUCAUAAUUGA